UAAAAACACCCAAACACUCUCUCAUACACACACACACACGCGCGCACACACAUAAAGCUGAGAUACACUUCAAGCUUUCAGAGACAGAGAGAAGUGCUGUACAGCACCGGAACACCAGUAACGGCCCCCCGUUCGGCGGGUGGAUGGAUCAGAUUUAGAACUGCGCGCGCUGCUCUCCAGCCUCUAAGAGUGUACAAUCCAUCAUCCAUCACGCAUUUAAAAAAAAACACCAAACCAGAAAAAUGCGCUCCAGGAAAAAACAAGCACUCAGCAGUCUCCCAGCCGCGCUCCAGCGCCUCCAAUGACCGCCGGCUGAGCACUGAGACCGCAGUGCGCCUUUACGCGCUUCGCUCCCAUGGAGAGCCCUGGAUCCUGGGCGCUGAACGCGUCGCGCAACGCGAGCCGCGCGCCAAACCCUCUGAAGCGCGAUGAAGAAGUGGCCAAGGUGGAGGUGGCCGUGCUCGUGCUCGUCCUGCUGCUAGCGGUGGUGGGCAACGCGUGCGUGCUGGCGGCCGUGGCGGUGGCGGGCGCGCGCAAACGCGGCACGUCCCGCAUGCACUUCUUCAUGAAGCACCUGAGCAUCGCGGACCUGGUGGUGGCCGUGUUCCAGGUUCUGCCGCAGCUCAUCUGGGACAUCACCUUCCGCUUCUACGGGCCGGACGCGCUGUGCCGCCUCGUUAAGUACCUGCAGGUGGUGGGCAUGUUCGCCUCCACCUACGUCCUCGUGCUGAUGUCCGUGGACCGCUGCCUGGCCGUGUGGCGGCCGCUGCGCACGCUGCGCCACCACCGCGCCGAGCGCACCUACGUGCUGGCCUCGUGGGCGCUGAGCCUCGUGCUGAGCGCGCCGCAGGCCUGCAUCUUCAAGCUGAAGGAAGUGGGCGACGGCGUGUACGACUGCUGGGGCGACUUCGUGCAGCCGUGGGGCGCCAAGGCCUACGUCACGUGGAUCAGCCUGGCCGUCUACGUCAUCCCGGUGACCGUGCUCAGCGUGUGCUAUGGCCUCAUCAGCUGGAAGGUGUGGCAGAACUUCAGGCUGAAGACCGGGCGGAGCAAGCGCGCGCCCAACGGCGCCGAGGUCACGGCGGGGGCCGGGGUCGGAGCUGGUGCGCUCGCGCGGGUCAGCAGCGUGCGCCUCAUCUCCGAAGCCAAGAUGAGGACGGUGAAGAUGACGCUGGUGAUCGUGGUGGCCUACAUCGUGUGCUGGACGCCCUUCUUCUUUGUGCAGAUGUGGGCAGCGUGGGACCCCUUGGCGCCCAGAGAGGCAAUGGCGUUCAUCAUUGCCAUGCUUCUGGCUAGCCUAAACAGCUGCUGUAACCCCUGGAUCUACAUGUUUUUCGCCGGUCACCUGUUCCGGGACUUGAUGCGGAGCUGCAUGAUGGCAUUACACUGCGGCUGUGGGGAGCAGCAGAGUCCAAAGAGCCAGUCGGGUGCCAUUGUGAUGAAGAGCACCUGCAGUCAGAGGAGCUUGACUCAGACCACCACUACAUAACACACCACUCUGCAGAUUUACACUACAGGGAGAAUGCAGGAGUCCAACAUGUUGCUAAUGAAGCUCUAAAACUGAGGAGAAAGUUCCACAAAAGUAUAAACUAGAGAUCUAUUUAGAUCAACUGUAAUUUAAUACUCAUUUGGACUGAACUGAACAAUGAACAAGAAGAUGUUCUCAGGAUCCAUUCAUUUGUGCUUCAUUUGUAAAAACAAACCAUGCACACAUUUUGUCUGCAGGCCCCCUAGUAUUAAUUUCACUGAAUGAAUGUAGGAAAACAAGAGGAAAAUAUUGAUUAAAUAUGUUUUUUGCUGUUUUAAAUCUGUUUUUAGUGGAGUUAUGACCCAUGCAUGUUCAUGCAGUACAUAGUAAAAUACAAUAUAAGUAUCCAUAAGUAUCCAGACACUUCUUUUAAUGAGAUACUGACACAGGUGUUUAGUUGCGCAUGCACAGUUUGUUUUUAUCUGACACUUUCUAGCAUGCUGGAGCUCAAGACAACAUCUCUGGGAUAAGUGAAUUUGGAAUUUUUGAUCUGUAACUAAUUAUUCAAUGUCAGAACCUUUGUUUCAGUGUUCCAAAAAUCUAGGGCAAGCCAUUUGCACAAAUGUAGAGUUUAUUACCAGUGCAAAGAGAGAACAAACAUUUUAUUUGUAAAUGUUUUAUUACCCAUAAUUUCUAAAGCAACUCUGGAUUAGAAGGUUUUUACAAUCCUUUGAGCAUAAAGUGUAUUUGACCUGUAGGACCAGCAUGUUCUGUGUUCUACCAUGUUUUCAUUGCUGUAUAAACGAUGCUGUGUUUUUUCCCAAGUUAAUGUCCAAGCUCAUUCAGGGCACAUUUUGUUUCUGUACAAAAGUGUUUAUUAUUGUAUAUAUAGGCAUAUAUAAGGCAACACAUCACAUUUAUUCCACUUGUGUAAUAUCUCCAACAGAGUGGCACCUAACUGAACAACCCAGAAAACAGGAGAACCCUAUAUAGUCCCAUUUUACUUUAGUGCAAGAGGCACAUUUGGGACACUGUCUAGUAGGGUUGUUAUAGAAGGCACUUCAAAAUUGCGCCAUUAUCUACUGAAAGGUAAGAAAAAACUUAUUCAGAGUUUAUUUCCCCCAAAAGAAGGGCAUCCAGUAGGAUGCUUUGUCUCAAUUUUGCCUUUUUAGAGGGCACUUUAACUUAACUUUUACACUUUUACAACCAUAAGGGCACCAAUGGAAGCGGUUGCACCCUCUGCUCACCUUCUUCAAGUCGACCUUCCUCAAAUUCACCUGUGGUUAGAUGUAUGUAAGUGACUAAUUAUUAGUUUUUUAAAUAAAAAAAAAAUGAACCAUCUACUUUUUACAGUAUAUGACAAAGUAUAAUGUCCAAUGUGUGUUAAAUAAGUUUGAUCACAGAAUUCAGUAACUGCCCAGUAAUUUGUUUAUUUGUUUUGAGGUGUUUUUGCAGCAUUAAUUAACAUAUUGGUACCAUUGUUACAGUGCAGGAAAGUUGGAAAGCUGUACAAAAAUAUCCAGAAACUGAUACUAACUGAGGUUCCUUCCUCCCCUAUCUUAGAUAUUUAAAAAAUACAUAUAUAUAUAUAUAUAUAUAAGAUUGUGUGAGUAUUCCAGCCCAGCAGGGGGCAGUAACACAUUACCCAGUUCAAUGCCAUGUGUAAAAACUAAUGUAAUUUAGUUCUCAAACGGCAGAUAAACCCAUGCAUCUAAACACGGGCAAAAUGACUUGUCUUCUGUAUUGUUGUGGUGUCAGUGACUGGUCAUAACCAGCAUUGAACUGGAGGCCUUACUGUAGUUUUGUCACACAAACCUUUUUGCCCUGAGAUUUUUAUUCUGUGUUUACUGUUCUCGCUGUUUAUGACUGAAUGACAUGAAAUGACUGAAAUAUGCUUUCAGAAAUGUGUCUGGUUGUGAAUAAUGUGUGUAAAAGUGAAAUAUUGCAUCAAAAACAAAGAUACUCAAUGCUAAAA